ACUCGCCAUAGUCUUUGUCGCAGCCUCACUCAGCAUCGGCCGUUGUUCUACCUUCCCUCCACGCCAUGGACCAUCCCUUGUGUGAGAUCUGCAAAGGCCAACUGUUCCAGGCGCACAAUGAUGCCCCAAAGCCGACGUACAGCAAGGGUUGUGGACACCUCUUCUGCAAUGACUGUAUAGCCGUGUACAUAAUUCAGAAUCCACAUUCCGGCUGCCCUGCCUGCGCUGCGCCAUUGGAGGGACGUGCCGCGUACCUUCCAGCUUCAGUCCGAAGUGGUACCUCUCGGCCGAUUUCCUUGAUCAACCAGAUAUACGUGACCACCGAGGCCGACGACUCUGAUGCUAGGAUCGUGGGCGAGGUUGCGCAGAAUUCCUCGCUCCUGCAAAAGCAGCACGAGUUGGAUAGCAUGAAUCAUCGAGUACAGAUGCUGAAAAGGGCGCAUGAUGCUUUGAAGAACGAACAUGCAUCAAACACCAGCAUCAUCGACAGUCUCAUGCAUCAACUCGAGGCCGCAGGCGAUGUUCGCCGCGAGGCCGAGGGGUUUCGGUCGACACAACGUCGUGAAUUAGGACAGCUGCGCUCCGAGAGACAGGACUUGGAGGAUAUACUGGACGCUAUACGACUCGGAGAUCGUCCUCGUCGCUGAGCGUUGCCUCGGAUUCUGGUCUGAGUCCUCAGACUGCCAUUCAUUCAGUUCUCGCUUGCAUCUAAUCGGCGUUUCGGUACCGUCUCACAAUUGGAUGGGAAGCUCUCCUCGGCAGGUCCUCAUGCAGUCUUUUAGUUUUAGUGCUUUGUAUAUCGCCAGAAAGUUGCUACUGUCGUAAACGAAAUGAUACAGCGCUCGUAUGGUGACAAGCGAACCAAGGAGAUGU